GGUAACGAGUACAGAAAGGCCGAUAGCAGGAGAAGAAUAUCUGGAGGCGAGAAACUUGCGAGAAUUUGGUGCAUACAAGAUUUGUCGUCUUCGAGACCUGGGUGAUCUUGCAGAAACUCAAUCGAAAUUUGCUAUGUGAGAAGGGUAGGUGCACGAUGCGGCUGCGGGACUUGAUGACGGCUGCGGCGUCGCUGUCGCUGCUAUCGCUGCUGGCGUCAUACCGCCUGACGACACCGCAGCGGCGCCCACCCAUGCACUCCGCUGACGCCGACGCCGAACACUUGUCCGCCGACCACACGGAGCGCAUCGCGCGUCUUCUACACCAAAUCGAGGAAGAGCAGCUGAUGUCUUUAGACGAUCGAUGGCCAUUCGUCAUCAACGACACCGCUGAAACUGGCGCGGAGCUGCGGUCGCUGUCGGGUCGCGGGCUGUGCGUGUGGCUGCGCUCGCUGCCCGCGGCGCUGGCUGCCCUGGGGGGCGCCUGCUACGCGCUGCCGCACCACCUGGACGCCCUACUCGCCGACGCUGACGCCGACGUCGAUGGCCAGGCGCUGUGGCACCUGGGCGACCGCACGCUCCACACUCCGCAGCUCUUCACUGCUCUACGCUCCAAAGAACGUGGUAUUAUCUCAUUUGCACUGCACGAUGUUUGA